UUGUGCCUCGUUGACUGAACUAACACAGAGAGAGAGAGAGAAAAGUGUUUUUUUUUUGUUUUUUAUUUGAAUAAUUUGGUGUGUGGAUUUUUGUGUUUGCUGAUGAGAUGUGCGUGUACUUGUGUGUGAUUUUUUGGGGGAGAGAAAAUGAUACGUUUUGUUUUACGUGAUUUGAAAGAGCAAGAUAAAUAUAAAUGAAAAUGUGACUCGGUGAUUGUACAAAGCGAAUAUCUAUGGAAUUAAAAAAUCAAGAAAUAAUUAAUGAACAUAUACACACCGCAGUAACAGUAUUAGCAUUUUGAACUAUUUUUCCCCCCCAUUUCCAAGAAUCAAAGUGAAGCGUGACGUGACCGAGUGAAAAGAGAGAUAAAAAAAAAGACUAUUGAAAAUCGAAUAAAGACAAGAUCUAGGAAAUCAACGGUGUUUGUGAAUGAAAGAAAAUUCAAGUAGCCCAGAGUGACACGAGGCUUCAAGAAAAUUUGGCCAAAAUUUCAUGCUCAUUACUAAUUCCAAAGAAGGAGAGAGAGAGAGAAAAAAAGUUUGGAUUACAAUAUAAACCGGUGUUUCCAGAUGUCUAUUGAAGAGUCUAAAACGAUAUUUUGAGAUGUCUGACGCCCUUUUGACAUCACUCAAAGACAGGCACUCAAUAGUAAGGCUUAAAAACAAGCGGUAACAAGAUCAUUAAAGAAAAAAAAAAAAAAUAGUCACUGUGUUUAUUAGAAAGACGUGGUUAACUGGACGUGAUAGGCCUACAUCACCACAAAAGAAAAACUCGAAAUCCCAAAACUGAAACAAUAUUUUAAGAUGUACCUUUAUCACAUGUAAAAAAAAUAUAUAUAUACAAUACAAGAAGACAGAGAAAAAUAUAUACACACAUACAUACACAGAAAAAAAUAUAUACAAAAUGAUGGAAGCAAAAGAGUGGCUUAAUUUGCGAAAGAUGUAUAGGAAACGCUUUUCGCCGAACAGGAGGGAAUCAUCGCCUUUCGCCGGCUGUGAAGAAGGCCUGAAGAUGUGGUGCGGGCGUGCGGGCGUGGUGGGGGUGGUGGGCGCCGCCUUGCUGCUGCUGGGGCUCACACAGAUCGUAUCGGGCAUCUAUUUUAUGCUGACGAUGCCCAUUUUCCAACUGGGCUCCAAUAUCUGGACGGGCACUUGGUCUAGCAUGUGUGGGACCGUCGUGGCCACAAUAGGAUGGACGGGCCAGACCAUGCGGCGGGGCCAGAUGGUGCUCGUGGCCACCCUGAGCGUCCUCGUGACAAAUGUGGCCAAUUUGGUUAUAAUUCAGGUCGGCGAGAACGGCGUGUUCCUGUCCGAGAGCGACGUCCGCGACAUCGUCGGCAACAACCAGGAGACCACCAUGCUUAUAGCGUUCUGGCUGACCACCGUCGUCACGGCCAUGGGCAUCGUCGUCAGCUUCUUCGGCGCGCAGUACCUGUUCUGCGUGGUGGUUCGCGGCCCGAGGGUCAAGGGGCGCAUGCCGGUCACCAGGUCGCUCUCGGAGGAGGACCUGCAUCACCGCCAGGUACACACCCCCCCGCGGCUGCGGUCCCCCUCCUCCGCGGGCGCCGGGGAGGUGGCCGCGCCGAGGGCGCAGAGGAGAAGCAGUAGUGUGGGUGGCGGAGUGCAAGUGCAUGGCAUGUCUGGUGUUGGUGAUCACGGUGAGGCUGACGGUGAUGGUGGCGGUAGCACUAGUGGUAGGACGCGUCUGUUGAGCGGCGGCAGCGGCGGGGGCAGCUCCAGGGGCAGCCAGACGGGCAUCGACAACCCGUCGUCGCAGCCGGAGACGCCCGAGAGCUGCGUGCCGUACUUCCUGCGCAACCACCGCUCGGCGUGGCAGUUCAUCCUGCCCGAGGUGGUGCACGAGAUGAAGCAGAGCCAGCAGUUCGCGGCGCGCGACCCCGGCAGCGACGUCCACUCGCGCACGUCCACGCUCUCCAAGGCGUCCAAGAGCUCCUUCCACCCCGCCCGCCCCGCCCCCUGCAACGACGCAGCGCGCCCCGACCUGGUGGGCUUCGAGGCGCAGCUGCAGCCGCUUGCGCACUCCCGCAGGAACUCCCGGGCGCCCUCCUCCAGCCGCAGCACCUCCAUCUACUCCAUCCCCGAGAGCUGCCACAUGCAGAUGACGCCGCGGCCGAAGGUGGUGCGCCCCAGCGCGCCGCCGCCGGACCCCCCAACGCCCAAGACCUCCAGCGGGUCCCGCAACAUGCGGGCGACGUCGGCGGGUGGGUGGGAGUCGUGCGCCGUGGUCCAGUACUCCCCGCAGGCCGGAGGAGGCUUCGUGGUGGACCUGGACUGAGGCGACGCCCUUCGCUUCCUUGUAGUCGUAGUCCCUUCCCUUAAGAGUUAGCCACUUCCCUUUGCUCACCCAGGCGCCGCCCCCCUUUGUUUAGCAGCGUGAUCACGGACAUGGCAGGGGCGCGGCGCCGACAGGCAUCUCGAAACCGAGAAUCUCAGUGUAAAAGUAAAACGCGCGAGUGACAGUGGACAGCCCACGUGCUAUCAGCGGACGCGCCUUGCGUCACUCUCGCUGGGACACUCACGCGCAUUUCUCGAGAAGAACAUUUCCUGUGGCUCAGCUGGCACCCCGUUCCUCCAGCCGGGAGAGGGCCUCAAACGCUCAAUCUUAUGUACUAUCAUGCACUCUUUCCUGUACAUUGUUAUCCCAUACCCACACAAAUUGUCGGUGACAUUUGUGUACAUUUUUUUCACACAGCAAAUAAACCAAAGAGAAAGUAUUUAUCUGUCUCCUUUCG